AGGCCCAGUCCCCAAGGUGGGGGCAUUGGGGACACAGGCAGGAGAGGGCCGUGGGCUGGGGGAGAAGGGAGAAGAGGGGUGUCAGGGAAGCCAUGGAGCCGUCCUCACCCCAGGAUGAGGGCCUGAGGAAGAAACAGCCCAAGAAACCUGUUCCUGAGAUUCUGCCGAGGCCACCCCGAGCCUUGUUCUGCUUGACUCUCCAGAACCCCCUCAGGAAGGCCUGCAUCAGCAUCGUGGAGUGGAAACCCUUCGAGACCAUCAUCUUGCUGACCAUCUUUGCCAACUGCGUGGCCCUGGCAGUGUACCUGCCCAUGCCUGAAGAUGACAACAACACUCUGAACCUUGGCCUGGAGAAACUGGAAUACUUCUUCCUCAUCGUCUUCUCCAUCGAGGCCGCCAUGAAGAUUAUAGCCUACGGCUUCCUAUUCCAUCAGGAUGCUUACCUGCGCAGUGGCUGGAACGUGCUCGACUUCAUCAUUGUCUUUCUGGGUGUCUUCACUGUGAUUCUGGAACAAGUUAACAUUAUCCAGACCAACACGGCCCCCCUGAGCAGCAAAGGAGCCGGCUUGGAUGUGAAGGCCCUCCGAGCUUUCCGUGUGCUCAGACCCCUUCGGCUGGUGUCAGGGGUGCCCAGCCUUCAGGUGGUCCUCAACUCCAUCUUCAAGGCCAUGCUCCCCCUGUUCCACAUUGCCCUGCUCGUCCUCUUCAUGGUCAUCAUCUAUGCCAUCAUUGGGCUGGAGCUCUUCAAGGGCAAGAUGCACAAGACAUGCUACUUCAUUGGGACAGACAUCGUGGCCACAGUGGAGAACGAGAAGCCAUCGCCCUGUGCUAGAACCGGCUCGGGGCGGCCCUGCACCAUCAACGGCAGUGAGUGCCGAGGAGGCUGGCCGGGACCCAACCAUGGCAUCACCCACUUCGACAACUUCGGCUUCUCCAUGCUCACCGUGUACCAAUGCAUCUCCAUGGAGGGGUGGACCGAUGUCCUAUACUGGGUCAACGAUGCCAUCGGAAAUGAGUGGCCCUGGAUCUAUUUUGUCACCCUCAUUCUGUUGGGCUCCUUCUUCAUCCUCAACCUGGUGCUGGGUGUCCUGAGCGGGGAGUUCACGAAGGAGCGGGAGAAGGCCAAGUCCAGGGGAACCUUCCAAAAGCUCCGGGAGAAGCAGCAGCUAGAGGAGGACCUUCGAGGCUACAUGAGCUGGAUCACACAGGGCGAGGUCAUGGACGUGGAGGACCUGAGAGAAGGCAAGCUGUCUUUGGAUGAAGGGGGCUCGGACACAGAGAGCUUGUACGAAAUCGAGGGCUUGAACAAAAUCAUUCAGUUCAUUCGGCACUGGAGGCAGUGGAACCGUGUCUUCCGCUGGAAGUGCCAUGACCUGGUGAAAUCCAAGGUCUUCUAUUGGCUGGUGAUCCUGAUCGUCGCCCUCAACACCCUGUCUAUUGCCUCAGAGCACCAUAACCAGCCACUGUGGCUGACCCAUUUGCAAGAUAUCGCCAACCGUGUGCUGCUGGCCCUCUUCACCAUUGAGAUGCUGAUGAAGAUGUAUGGGCUGGGCCUGCGCCAGUACUUCAUGUCCGUGUUCAACCGCUUCGACUGCUUCGUGGUGUGCAGCGGCAUCCUGGAGAUUCUCUUGGUGGAGUCGGGAGCCAUGACGCCCCUGGGCAUCUCCGUGCUCCGCUGCAUCCGGCUCCUGAGGCUCUUCAAGAUCACCAAGUACUGGACAUCCCUGAGCAACCUGGUGGCGUCGCUGCUCAACUCCAUCCGCUCCAUCGCCUCUCUGCUGCUGCUUCUCUUCCUCUUCAUCAUCAUCUUCGCCCUGCUGGGCAUGCAGCUCUUUGGAGGCAGGUAUGACUUCGAAGACACAGAAGUCCGGCGCAGCAACUUCGACAACUUCCCCCAGGCCCUCAUCAGUGUCUUCCAGGUCCUGACAGGCGAAGACUGGAACUCUGUGAUGUACAAUGGCAUCAUGGCCUACGGAGGCCCCUCCUACCCUGGCGUGCUUGUGUGCAUUUACUUCAUCAUCCUUUUCGUCUGUGGCAACUACAUCCUGCUCAACGUCUUCCUGGCCAUCGCUGUGGACAACCUGGCAGAGGCGGAGAGUCUGACUUCUGCCCAGAAGGCCAAGGCCGAGGAGAGAAAGCGCAGGAAGAUGUCUAAGGGGCUCCCAGACAAGUCAGAAGAAGAGAAGUCCACGAUGGCUAAGAAACUGGAGCAGAAGUUCAAGGGUGAAGGCAUCCCCACCACCGCCAAGCUGAAAAUUGAUGAGUUCGAAUCUAACGUCAAUGAGGUGAAAGACCCCUACCCUUCGGCUGACUUCCCAGGGGACGACGAGGAAGACGAGCCUGAGAUCCCCAUAAGCCCCCGGCCACGCCCUCUGGCCGAGCUGCAGCUGAAAGAGAAAGCCGUGCCCAUUCCAGAGGCCAGCUCCUUCUUCAUCUUCAGCCCCACCAAUAAGAUCCGUGUCCUUUGUCACCGCAUUGUUAAUGCCACCUGGUUCACCAACUUCAUCCUGCUCUUCAUCCUGCUCAGUAGUGCUGCGCUGGCCGCUGAGGACCCCAUCCGGGCCGAGUCCAUGAGGAACCAGAUCCUUGAGUAUUUUGACUACGUGUUCACUGCAGUUUUCACCGUGGAGAUUGUCCUUAAGAUGACCACCUACGGAGCCUUCCUGCACAAAGGCUCCUUUUGCCGAAACUACUUCAACAUCCUGGACCUGCUGGUGGUGGCGGUGUCGCUCAUUUCUAUGGGCCUCGAGUCCAGCGCCAUCUCUGUGGUGAAGAUCCUGAGAGUUUUGAGGGUGCUGCGGCCCCUCCGAGCUAUCAACAGAGCCAAAGGGUUGAAGCACGUGGUACAGUGCGUGUUUGUCGCCAUCCGCACCAUCGGGAACAUCGUCCUGGUCACCACCCUCCUGCAGUUCAUAUUUGCCUGCAUCGGAGUCCAGCUUUUCAAGGGCAAGUUCUACAGCUGCAAUGACCUAUCCAAGAUGACGGAGAAGGAGUGCAGGGGCUACUACUACAUCUACAAGGACGGAGACCCCACCCAGAUAGAGCUGCGUCCCCGCCAGUGGAUGCACAAUGACUUCCACUUCGACAACGUGCUCUCGGCCAUGAUGUCACUCUUCACAGUCUCCACCUUCGAGGGCUGGCCUCAGCUACUGUACAAGGCCAUAGACUCCAAUGAGGAGGACACAGGCCCCAUCUACAACAACCGGGUGGAGAUGGCCAUCUUCUUCAUCAUCUACAUCAUCCUCAUCGCCUUCUUCAUGAUGAACAUCUUCGUGGGCUUCGUCAUCGUCACCUUCCAGGAACAGGGGGAGACGGAGUAUAAGAACUGCGAGCUGGACAAGAACCAGCGCCAAUGUGUACAGUAUGCCCUGAAGGCCCGCCCACUGAGGUGUUACAUCCCCAAAAACCCAUACCAGUAUCAGGUGUGGUACGUCGUCACUUCCUCCUACUUUGAAUACCUGAUGUUUGCCCUCAUCAUGCUCAACACUAUCUGCUUAGGCAUGCAGCAUUACAACCAGUCGGAACAGAUGAACCACAUCUCAGACAUUCUCAACGUGGCCUUCACCAUCAUCUUCACCCUGGAGAUGGUCCUCAAGCUCAUCGCGUUCAAGCCCAGGGGCUAUUUUGGAGACCCCUGGAAUGUGUUUGACUUCCUGAUCGUCAUCGGCAGCAUCAUUGAUGUCAUCCUGAGUGAGAUCGAUACUUUCCUGGCCUCCAGCGGGGGACUGUAUUGCCUGGGUGGAGGCUGCGGGAACGUUGACCCAGAUGAGAGCGCCCGCAUCUCCAGUGCCUUCUUCCGCCUGUUCCGGGUCAUGAGACUGAUCAAGCUGCUGAGCCGGGCCGAGGGUGUGCGCACCCUGCUGUGGACAUUCAUCAAGUCCUUCCAGGCCCUGCCGUACGUGGCCUUGCUCAUUGUCAUGCUCUUCUUCAUCUACGCAGUCAUCGGCAUGCAGAUGUUCGGGAAGAUCGCCAUGGUGGACGGGACACAGAUUAACCGGAACAACAACUUCCAGACUUUCCCUCAAGCUGUGUUGCUGCUCUUCAGGUGUGCCACAGGAGAAGCCUGGCAAGAGAUCCUGCUGGCCUGCAGCUACGGGAAGCUGUGUGACCCAGAGUCAGACUACGCCCCGGGCGAGGAGUACACGUGUGGUACCAACUUUGCCUACUAUUACUUCAUCAGCUUCUACAUGCUCUGCGCCUUCCUGAUCAUUAACCUCUUCGUGGCUGUCAUCAUGGACAACUUUGACUACCUCACAAGGGACUGGUCCAUUCUGGGCCCUCACCACCUGGAUGAGUUCAAGGCCAUCUGGGCCGAGUAUGACCCGGAGGCUAAGGGCAGAAUCAAGCACCUGGAUGUGGUGACCCUGCUGAGGAGGAUCCAGCCCCCUCUGGGCUUCGGGAAGUUCUGCCCACACAGGGUAGCAUGUAAGAGGCUGGUGGGUAUGAACAUGCCCCUGAACAGCGACGGUACAGUCACCUUCAAUGCCACACUCUUCGCCCUGGUACGCACAGCCCUCAAGAUCAAGACAGAAGGCAACUUCGAACAAGCUAAUGAGGAGCUGAGAGCCAUCAUCAAAAAGAUCUGGAAAAGAACCAGCAUGAAGCUCCUGGACCAAGUCAUCCCUCCAAUAGGAGAUGACGAGGUGACGGUGGGGAAGUUCUAUGCCACAUUCCUCAUCCAGGAACACUUCCGGAAGUUCGUGAAGCGCCAGGAGGAAUAUUAUGGGUAUCGACCCAAAAAGGACACGGUUCAGAUACAGGCUGGAUUGCGGACCAUAGAGGAAGAGGCAGCUCCUGAGAUCCACCGCGCCAUCUCAGGAGACCUGACAGCAGAGGAGGAGCUGGAGAGAGCCAUGGUGGAGGCUGCCAUGGAGGAGGGGAUAUUCCGGAGGACUGGAGGCUUGUUUGGUCAAGUGGACAACUUCCUGGAAAGGACCAACUCCCUGCCCCCUGUCAUGGCCAACCAGAGACCCCUCCAGUUUGCUGAGAUAGAGAUGGAAGAACUGGAGUCACCCGUCUUCCUGGAGGACUUCCCCCAUAACCCAGGCACCCAUCCUCUGGCUCGCGCCAAUACCAACAAUGCCAAUGCCAAUGUUGCCUGUGGCAACAGCAACCAUGGAAACAGUCCAGUGUUUUCCAGCAUCCGCUAUGAACGGGAGUUCCUGGAAGAGGCAGACACACCUGCUCCCAGAGAAGGACCCUUCAGUCAGCCCUGCAGGGGCUCUGGACCUCACAGCAAGUCCCAUGAGGACAAAUCGAAAGGACUGAUGACCCAGAGAGAGAUGCCUGGAGGCCAGGUGCCUCCUUCCCCGUGCCAGUUCCUCCAGGCAGAGCCUCCUGUGCGGGAGGAGAGUGUGGGCUCCGUGCCAAGGUCUCUGGAAACACCCCACAGCAGGAACUUCGAGGAGAGCGUUCCCAGGAACUCAGCUGGCAGGUGCACAGCUCCAGCUACUGCCUUCCUGAUCCAGGAGGCUCUGGUUCAAGGAGGACUAGACUCCUUAGCAGCAGAUGCUAACUUUGUCAUGGCAACAGGCCAGGCCCUGGCGGAUGCCUGCCAGAUGGAACCAGAGGAAGUAGAGGUGGCAGCAACCGAGCUACUGAAGCGAGAAUCCCCAGAGGGCAGGGCCAUGCCCUGGGAGGCUUGAGCCUCAGGUCCUCCCUGGGCAGUCCAAACCAGCACCGGGACUCUCAGAAUGCACUUAUUCCUCCCAGGUGUGAGGCCUACCCAGAAUGCCACAGCUUAGAACUGCCAUGACCAAGGGCCAGAAGGCACUGGAAUGGAGAAGGGCUAGCCCAGCCCAGCAGCCUCCCCUCCCUCAGUAGCCAGCUGUGUGGACUGAGCAGCAGUGGUCAGGAACCACCUCAACCAGGCAGGAGGCCAUAGAUGGGCAGGUCGGGCCCUUCUCCUCACCAGCCAGAAGCAGGAUCUGGCAGAGCUUCUGACGUCAUUCACAAAGGCCUGAUCGGUGCCAGAGUCCAUCUGUCACAGAGCCACUCCAACCAGCUGGACAUUAAAGUCUCCAGGCCUGACACGGGCACCAGCCUUC